AUGUCAUCAAAUAACCAGGAACUACAGUACCCCUUGCCUCCUAUCCCUCAAGCACGAUCAAUCAGUGAUUUAGUGCGUGUAGAAGUAGAAGAACCUCCUAGAAAAAUGAGAAUGAUGUUCGGAGAAGCACAAAUUGUAAGCCUUCGAUCUGACGGUCUGAGAAGUCGUAUGAUGCGUACAAUGAUGAAAAAAACUCAGAAACAAAAGAGUGAUUCGUUGGAUCAGAAUUCCAGUUCAAAUACUCUGAAUGAGGUGAUCGAUGAAGUUGCCAGUGGUCAAAUUGGUUUCACUGGUUCCGAAUCGGAAAUUCCUGAGCCCACGGCUUGUUCUUCAUCCUCAUUUGAAUCAGUAGAAGUUGGAACGUCUUCCAGCGACGAAAGUAAUUCAGAAGAGAGUAAAAAGACAUGCCCGACUUCUGGCAAUCGAAGCUACCAUCCUCCGAAACAGUUCCAUGCCGCAUCCACGAUGAUCACACAUAAAAGAAAAUGGACCUAUCAAACAUCUUGCCACAUCAAUGCGGAGGAACAAAAAGAUGACAAUCAAAUCGGUUACGCUCCUGACCCAUUUCUUCCUAUGCCACGUGGUAGACGUAUCGAAAUAUCGACGGCCACCCGAAUGAACUAUGCCGCACAAAGAGUGGAUAAUCGCAAAUUUCGCGGACAGGCAAAAGCAUAUCAAAGUGUGAGAGAAACUGAAGAUAGGGAUAGUAUCACUUGUGAAAAAUGCAAAAUGAAGUACUUCUCCGAAUCGCGAAAAAUCCAGGAACGAAUCACAUACAUCUCUUCCGCUCACGAAGAAGUACUCCCAACUGUCGUUUUUGAUUGUCCUGUCUGCAAGGAAGCAACGAACGCGGCGUUCUAA